AUGUGGAAUAUUACGACAUUGCAAGAUCCUCUGGCGUCCUAUGUAAAGGGAGGCAAUGACACAACUUCAUCUGUCGUCAUCAGUGCAUCGGUUGCCCAUGUGAACAUUUUCAAAAACGACGACGCAUCGGCAUUUCAAGAGGGUGGACGGCCAGCCAAAGUUGCCUUGGCUGAUUUCAUCGCACGUACCUUGGUAAAGCAACGUAGUCAAGCCAUGAAGGAAGUGGAGAAUUUUGUUCUUACUCUGGAACCUUUGGAUCGCAUCUUUUUGAAGGGCAAACGACGACGACAGAAUUUAUCGGCACCCUACCCACCGUAUGUGUUGGAGCGAAGUGAUAUUUGGUCCUCCAAUGAUCAAGUGCAUCUAUCAUUGCGUUUGAUUGUCGAGUCCCAAUCGAAGCAACUCGACGAGAAAAGCGAUUUCCUACAAACAGCUGUUAGUUCCAUUUUAGCAUCUUUGUUGCCAUUUAACCAAGUCGACUGGACACAAGCGGCCAUGAAUCACAUUUCUUGCGUGGUGUUGCAAGACAAAAUUCGCCAACAGUUGGAUUCUUCCAAUGCAGUGGGCUUCAUCGCCAAUAAUUCCAUUUUGCCACGAAAAAGUGGUACGAGUGAUGCUCCCAUGUCGAGUCCACCCGCCGUCCCCUUUCAGGCACCACCUGACAGUUCCAUGACGCAAUCUCUCACCAUUGAAAUGGGAUCUUUGGCGGGAUAUCUUCCCAGCAAUGUGGUUCCCUCGCAAGGAUCUUCCAUAGCAUUGUCGGGCUUGGUGAUUCCGAAAGGUAUCACACUUAUUUGUGGAGGUGGUUAUCAUGGCAAAUCGACCAUGUUGCGCACCGUUGCCUUGGGAAUUUACAAUAAGAUUCCUGGAGAUGGUCGUGAAUACUGCAUUGCCGUGGAAGAUGCAGUUUCUGUGAGAGCCGAAGAUGGUCGCUAUGUCAACAAUUGCAACAUCAGUGCCUUUAUCUCCAAUCUCCCCACUCUACCCGGUGCAACAAAAACGGUCGACACGACGCAUUUUUCCAGUCGAGACUCCUCUGGUUCCACCUCCCAGGCGGCCAAUGUUUCCGAGGCGAUUGAAAUGGGAUGUUCCGCCAUGCUCAUUGACGAGGAUGUUAGUGCGGCAAAUUUCAUGGCGCGAGAUGGACGUAUGCGAGCACUUGUCAUGGACGAAAGCAUUACUCCUUUGUUGUAUCGAGUGAAUGGACUGUACAAUGCCAAGGGCAUUUCUUCCGUGGUAGUCGUGGGAGGUGUUGGUGACUGGUUGGAUGUUCCACAUAAUGUGAUCUUGUUGGACAAGUAUGUCGCAUCAGAUGCCACCGAAAAGGCCGCAUCCAUUAGCUAUCAAUUCUCGUAUGGGCACGUCCAAUACGGCGGAAAGGGUGUGGUGCACCGAUUGGAUUGGGAAUACGGCGGAACUCCAAUUCCACGUCGACCGACUGAUGAGUUUGCGAAUCGAUUUAGUUCCAACAUUGAAAUUUCAUUGUUGGAUGGAGGUCACUCGAUCGCCUUGCAUCCCCAUGAAGACGACGAUGAAACGAUGGAUGGUGGCCAUGUUGUACUGGAGGAUGAUCACGAUGAAGGAUGCAUUGAAGCGUCACGCAUGGAGCAAGUGAUGGGACGAAAACACUUAUAUACUUGUGGCCUAUGUGCACUUUGGAUCAUUAAAGCAUCACAGCAGCAAAAGACAUUGGGACUCCCCGAUUUACUGAACAAGUUGGACGAAACCUUAGACUCCUCUGGUCUUGUCAAAGUUGUUGAGGAUCUCAGUUCUAGUGGUCUUUCUCCCAAGACAUGGCACCAUCUGGUGGAAGCUGUUGGAUUUGCACAACGUCCAAGAAAGUUUGAGGUUGGUCAAGCACUUACACGAUUGCACGGAAUCCAAUUUGAAGAACUUCCUGUCGAGAAUGAAUUAGCUGCAAAAUUGGCUGCAGCGAAAGCGGAGGAAGAACGAAAGCGAAAAGCCCUGGCGGAUCUGUGGGCCGCAAGAAGAGCUAAGUAG